GUAAUAUUCUCGUAACGAACAUAUCAACGUGUUUAAAUUCCCAGCCAAUUCAAGAAUCUCGCCCACCCAUUCCCUCCAAAAAUGGCAGACGCCCUUGCUCAGCAACUUUCCCUCUUCCGCUCCCUGAUCGAAACUAGAAGAUUCGACGACAUGACUCUACGAAUUCUCGGAUCUGUUUUGGUUUCUAAAUCAGUAAAAUCGGUGAAGGAAGUAGAAUCGAGCUUGAGAGUGUUCCUGAGAGCCGAAUCUGUUCCCGCCAUUCGGGAAACCGUCGAGAAAUCUGUCGAUCAGAAGCUUCUGAUUCUUGAGUUUUUCGUCCACGCGUUCGCUCUAAUCGGCGACGUUGAGAGCUGCUUGGCUUUGAGAUACGAGGCUUUGCAUAUGCGUGAACUCGAGUCCGCAAGUUGCCAAUGGCUAGAAGUUUCGUAUUUGGAAUGGCUAAAUUUUGCUGAACACUCACUGGACCAUGGUUUCUGUUCAAUUGCAGUGAAGGCAUGUGACAAUGCACUAUUAUGCCUCAAAAUGAAUGAUACUGCAAACCCCAAAACCAAUGCAGUCUCUGGAAACUUUCAAGCCUUGGACAGAAUAAAGGGACUUAAAGAUUUUGCCAUGACAUCAGCUGCUUCACGCUCUGUUAAGGCGCAGGCUGCAGAAUACUUAAAUAAGAAGAGCGCUGAGAAGAUCAUCAUGCAUCCUGCACUUUGUGAGGAGAAAAGAUGUGCAGCAAGCACUAUGUUCAGAAAUGGAAUUAAGGAGAGGAAUUUACGAAAAUUGCAAGACCUGCGACGAAUUACCAGUGCAUCGCACAUCAUUCAACUUUGAGGCCAAUGUUGGUCGUCUACUUCUUGGUCAGCUACCACUUGAGCUCAAACACCCUGGAACUUCAGAGGCUGCCAUAUAUUGUUUCAGCUACCACGUUUGAUUUCUCUAUUCACAUCUCAAGAAUCGAAUCUUCCAUAUCACCAAAGUGCAUUCAAUGUUUGCAUUGGAGCUCUCGCAUGUUUGAUUUCUCUAAGACGGUGAGAGAUGUCUGUUUUUUUCCCUCUCUCUACUUUAUAUAUAUAAAUAAAGUAGAUUAUUCUGAUCAUCA